UUCACAUAUAGCUUCAGUGUUUCAGAGAAUAGUUUUAUUAUCAGACACUGAACAACUGAAGAAAAUGUUUCACAUGUUUGUUUUGUUCUUUUUGUGCUGCUUGAGUCUGACUGGUGUGUUUGGUGCUGAAACAAAUGAAAUACAAUCAGUGUCAGUGACAGAGGGAGGUUCUGUCACUUUAUACAUGAAUGUUACUAAAAUACAGAAAGAAGAAAGUAUGAUGUGGAAAUAUGGAGCUGAAGAGUGCAUUAUAGCUGAAAUCAAUAGAAAGUAUGAAAUUUUCUACACAUAUGAUGUUCCUGACGGGAGAUUCAGAGAAAGACUGAAGCUGGACAAUCAAACUGGAUCUCUGACCAUCAAUAACAUCACAACUCAACAUGCUGGAGUUUAUCAACUAGAGUUUAGUGGAGUGAGAAAACAAACAUUCAGUGUUUCUGUCUAUGCUCAUCUGCCUGUUCCUGUCAUCAGCCGAGACUGUUCUUCUUCAUCCUCUUCAUCCUCAUCAUCGCAGCAGAGUUGUUCAUUGGUGUGUUCAGUGGUGAAUGUGGGUCAUGUGACUCUCUCCUGGUACAAAGGAAACAGUUUAUUGUCCAGCAUCAGUGUGUCUGAUCUCAGCAUCAGUCUCUCUCUACCUCUGGAGGUGGAAUAUCAGGAUAAAAACAGCUACAGCUGUGUGCUCAACAAUCCCAUCAGCAACCAGACUCAACACCUGGACAUCACUACACUCUGUUACACAUGUUCAGACUCUGUCCACUGCUGUGGUUCUACUGAAGCUGUGAUCCGAUUGGUCCUCUCUGCUCUGGUGGGCGUGGCUACUGUCAAUCUUCUGGUUUAUGACAUCAGAUCCAGAAGAGCUGAAUAAGAUCAGGCACAGAUUCACACAUUAGGCAAAUGAUUGAUGUAAUUUCUCACAAACUGAUUUUGCAUGUUUAGAAAUAUUCGUGCGAUUUAAUAAUUUGCAUGUUCAUCUAUUUCAGGAAGUAUUGAAAUCUAAAGCCGAACACAAACCAUCAAAGGCUCUUGAAGUGUUUUCUGUUCAGAAUAAAAAUCCAGUUUUAAAAUGCUUUUUUUAUAUUUCCCUCAUAUACAUAAAACGGAUGAAUAUAGAUCUCUCUUUACAGCUGUUGUCUAUUUGUCAUGUGUAAUUGCUUGCCUUUAUCAAUAAAGUUCUUAUUCACUCGAAUGUAGGGGAAUGUACAGUUAAAAACCAAGUACCAGAUAUGAUGAAUGAAGACCAGGAGUCAGAGAUGCAUUUAAUUAAAUAAAAAUUUACUGAAGAACAUGGUUUGCAGUUUCAUCAGCAGAAGUCAGCUUCAGGACUCUUGAUGGAGUUCGCAGGCCGCUCUGCAUACAAUUCAGAAUAAACAACAGUUAUACCCUGGCAGAGGAUACCAAUAGCCUUAAUGUGCAAAAUUCUGAUUGGUUCCAAAACCUAGAUAAACUCUCCCAAGACGUAUAUAUCUGAUAAGCUGGACAUUGGCAGUUGAAUGUUUGUCCUGGGACUGUCUGAGCUUCUCCCUGUACAGACAGAUACUAAGACACAUACGCAGAAAACUCAUCAGAACUUCAAGGCCGCAUGGCCCUAGCGAGAAUUGUAUCAGUUUGGUUCGUUACACACUCACUAUGAAGUCAUCAUCUUAGAAAGUAGAAGUACAGCAUAAAACAGGAUUCUUUAAUAUCUCAUAAGUGCACAUAAGGUUACACAUUUCACUCUUGCCAUAACUUGAUUAAUAGUCAAACAAGAAAUAAUGUAAUAAUAUAAUUAAUAUCAAUAUGAAGGAUAUGGCAACUCGGCAUCCACUCCUUCACUGAGCUUAAAGAGUCUCUGCAUGUUUUAUUACAGUUAUUAUAUCGAGCACCUCCUGGAGAAAAACUCCUCCUCUGACAUGCAAAGAUAAUGUCUUUAAGUCUCUGUAGUCUGAUUUGCGUCUGUGUUUCAUAAGUUGCUCAGUCUGAAUCAGUUAUCAGGAGUGAUCUGCUCAGUUUCCUCUGACUGCACUAGCUCUGUCUGAUUGCUUGGCUGUUCAGCUGGGGAACAAAGCUCAUUUCCGCUCUACACAAAACCAGCUUUAAAGUUAACAAUGACACUUUUUAACAAAAAGGUCUUAAAUAUAUAUGCUAUGUAUGUAUGCAGUGAUCCUGCAGUUAAGCAUUGCUAUUGUCACUAGAUGUUUCCAGCUCUACUGUAUCACAUUCUAAAAACUGUACUUUUAUGUAUCUUUUAAAUUAAAGGUAAUAUCCUGUCUUUCUGUCAAUGUCUGGGAGUCAUUUUGAAUGAUGGUUAAUAAUUAUUUUUAAUCAGUUUUGAGGUGAAACUUAGUAAAAGUAGCAAUGAUGCUAAUCUUUUUUUUUUUUUUUUU